AUGGCGGCUCAUAUCAGCAACGCGGCGAGCGACGCGACGAAUGGACCACAGAAGACCUUUGACAUCAGUGCACUGCCGAAAAGCAACAACUUCACUCGCAAACUCCCGCCCGAUGAGGAGUAUCCCACGCCCGCGACUUCCCACGCCGCCGAACGGAAGCUCCUCGGACCUCGUUUGGUCAAAAAUGCUGCAUACACCUUUGUCCGACCAGAUGCGAUGAAGUCUUCGGAAUUGGUGGGGGUGUCCAAGGCGGCGUUGCGCGACCUGGCCAUUGACCCGACGACCAUCGAUUCCGAGGAUUUCAAGAGGACUGUCUCGGGUGAGAAGAUCAUCACUCUGCCGGAUGAGGAUGGGACGCCCGAGGACACCGCUGUCUAUCCUUGGGCUCAGUGUUAUGGUGGCUAUCAAUUCGGCCAAUGGGCUGGACAGUUGGGCGAUGGUCGUGCCAUCUCUCUUUUCGAAACCACCAACCCAUCAACAGGUGAACGAUAUGAGAUCCAGCUGAAAGGGGCGGGGAAGACACCGUAUUCUCGAUUCGCCGACGGGCGGGCUGUAGUGCGCAGCAGCAUUCGGGAAUUCGUCGUCAGCGAAGCCCUCCACGCGUUACAUAUUCCUACAACACGCGCACUCAGUCUGACACUGGGACCAGAGGAGAAAGUCCGGCGAGAGAUGAUGGAGCCAGGAGCUAUCGUGGCACGCUUUGCACAGUCGUGGUUACGCAUCGGCACUUUCGACUUGGCUCGGUCACGAGGCGAUCGUGUUCUCAUCCGUAAAUUGGCAGAUUAUGUUGGAGAGGAAGUAUUUCCUGGUUGGGAGUCCUUACCAGCCAAACCACCGUCUUACGACGAAGCAGCCGUGGUGGACCUCCCACGGGGCGUCCCAAAGGAUGAUGUUCAAGGAUCGGCUGAGAACGAGGAAAACCGCUACACGCGAUUGUACCGGGAGAUUGUUCGGCGCAAUGCCAAAAUGGUGGCACAUUGGCAGGCGUAUGCCUUCACCAAUGGCGUGUUGAACACGGACAAUACCUCCAUCUAUGGCUUGUCCAUCGACUUUGGCCCCUUUGCAUUUUUGGACAAUUUCGAUCCCAACUACACACCGAACCACGACGACCACAUGCUCCGCUACUGUUACAAGAAUCAACCCAGUAUCAUCUGGUGGAACCUCGUUCGGCUGGCCGAGGCUUUCGGGGAACUCAUCGGCGCUGGAGCCAGAUGUGAUGACAAGAAAUUCGUCGAGGAUGGUGUUGAAAAGGACUUUGUCGAUGAGCUGGUCAAGCGCGCGGAGAAUCUCAUCGAGAAGACGGGCGAGGAAUACCGCGCGGUAUUCAUGGCGGAGUACAAACGCCUCAUGACAGCGCGUCUCGGCCUGCGCCAAAGUAAACAGUCCGACUUUGAUGAACUGUACUCGGAGCUCCUCGACACCCUCGAAGCCUUUGAGUUGGACUUCAACCACACCUUCCGAAAACUGAGUUCCAUCAACACGGAUGAGAUCGACACGGAUGAGAAGCGCAAGGAAGUCGCCGGGAUCUUCUUCCACCAUGAAGGUCUGAGCAAGACGGUUGGCAGCGAAGCCGAUGCUCGAGCUCGCAUCGCGAAAUGGCUCGAGAAGUGGCGAGGACGUGUGCUAGAGGACUGGUCUGAUUCGGCCAAUGCUCACGAGGAGCGUGUCACUGCGAUGAAGUCGGUCAAUCCCAACUUCAUCCCCCGAUCAUGGAUCCUCGAUGAAUUGAUCGAUCGAGUGGAGAAGAAGGGCGAAAGGGAAAUCCUCGAUCGCAUCAUGGAGAUGACGCUCGCACCGUUCAACGACUCUUGGGGAUGGGACUCGGCCGAGGAGGAGCGCCUCUGCGGCGACGUCCCCAGAUACCAGAGAGCCAUGCAAUGCUCAUGCAGUUCGUAA